ACGAGCUGAAACAUGAAACGGGUUUGCUGCGCGCUCGUGUUGCUUUUAGCCCUCUCAAUUAGGGUUGAAGCUGGAGAAGAGUUUAACCCUUUCAGUCUGCUCAGCGAAAGCAGGCGAGUUUUCCCAGAGCUCGAGGCGUACAAUGGAACCGCAUUCAAAGAGGAAUUUUUCACACAAAAGCUGGACCACUUUGACAUUCUCGACGGCCGCACGUGGCAACAGCGUUACUUUGUGACGAAUGGCACAUACACAAGCGGAGCGCCGAUUUUCUUGGUCUUAGGUGGAGAAUGGGAAGCCAACCCUGUUCACAUAGAAUUGGGUUUUAUUGGCCAACUGGUAGAAUACUUUGGCGCCUACACAAUUUAUUUAGACCACCGUUUCUACGGGCAAAGCAGACCGUUUCCGGACCUGCUGCUCGAAAACAUGGUGUACCUGAAUAUGGACCAGGCGUUGGAGGACACGGCUUACUUCACGCAGAAAAUGAAGCAGGACUUUGGUCUGGACGGCAAGUGGAUUUUGAUCGGCGCCUCGUUCACCGGCGACAUGACCGCGUGGGCCAGGGCGCGCUACCCGCAUCUCUUCCACGCCGCGUACUCCUCAGGCGCGCCCGUGCAGGCUCAGGUCGAGGUGGCAGAGUAUUACGAGGUGGUCGGGCGCGCUUAUCUGGACACGGACCCGCUUUGCUACACGGUGCUCGAGGAAGGCAUGCUGGCGUUGCGUCAACUCGUGCAAAUCGGUGACGCGGCAAACAUCACUCGCCUUUUUAACUUGGUGGAGGAUAUCAACGUGUCAGUGGAAGAUGACGUAACUCUGCUGUAUUUUGUGGUCACGCAGAUUUAUGGGAGCUUGGUGCAAGCAUCCACACCUGGCUCGUUGGAAAACGUUUGCUCUCGCCUGGUUUCUGGCCAGGACAACCCUUUAGAAGCGUUUGCUCAAGUUUAUAGAGAGACUAUUUUUAACAUUCCCUUGAGAAUCGAUGCCUCACAGUUGGUUGAGUCUUACCGAAAUCAGACAGAUUACAGUGUUGAUAUCACUCGUCAGUUCAUGUACCAGUCAUGCUUGGAAUUUGGCUGGUUCACUGCUGUUUCCUCUCAAAACCAACCCUUUGGGCCUGUCGUUCCGAUAGAAUUCCGGCUCAAAUUCUGCACCGCUGUUUUUGGACCUGAGUUCACCAGGGAGCGUUUAGAGGCUGGGGUGGAGAGGACUAAUCUCUUGUAUGGAGGCAAACGACCUGAUGUUACCCGCGUUGUGUACACGGUGGGAUCUCUCGAUCCGUUUAACCCCGUUCAAAUGAGCGAAGAGCCAAACGUAGAUGCCCCGGUGAUCAUUAUCCAAGGUGCGUCUCACUGCAUCGACAUCACGAGUCCGGCAUCGCCGGAUGAGCCCCCACCUUUGGCAGAGGCGAGAACCAGGGUGGUUCAGCUUCUUACUACCUGGCUCGCAGAGGAAUAAAAUUCAAGAGUAAAUUUUAAAAUGUCAAAUGAGAAUAUUCGAUCAAUUUAUGAAAAAUAAAC